CAACGAAAAGGGGUGGAACUUCCGGUUCAGCUGCUAGCGUAAACAAACGCAGCAACUUUACAGCAGUCUGUGUGCGUCCGAUUUGGCGAAACUGCUCGAAACCCAGUGUUGUUUAAACUUGUUAACGUGAAUGGCAUUAAUGAGCUCAGGAACAAGUUGUUCCGUUCGUGGCUGUACAAAUAACCAAAACGAAGCUGCGUUUAUGGCUGAAGACUGAACCUGACCUCAAGGCACAACUGUUUAGAACCUACAUUGAAUCAUACGCUCGCAGUGUUGUCCUGCUUUACUACCAUAAGUGUACGUAGCGUUGGAUUCUCUUAACACCGUAGGCUUCAUGCUGCGUAAUGAGAACGUUAGAUCCCUGUGAUGGUAUCGAUCAAGGCCACAACUGGAAACAUCUUUUUCAAAACAAAAGCUUCAAAAUCGGGUGACGUUCACAGGGACUUUUCUGCUGGGGGAAAUGUUAGCCUGAAAUGUGAACCCAGCCUGAUCUGCCGGCGAUUUCUUUUUCGUAAGAUUCCGUAAAAGUUUGAGCUUGGUCUGGUGAAAGCCAGACUAGCCUAUCAGAUGUCCUCAAUUCAGUUUUCUACCUGUCUUUCCUAGCCCUGGAAGCAAAUGUAAUUUGCUGCCGCUAGGGUGCGAUUAGAUUUCUAGGCUUUCCUAGACCUCAUGACGUUUUACAUCGAGGUCAGAGAGCCCUGACAUGAAGUGAUCGGGUGAAAAUGUAAGAUAUUGUUCUGUUGUAAAAACAGUUAUUUUAUGGACGGCUUGUCUGGUUUGUCAAUUCUGUAUUAAUAAAAAUGGAAGAACCUCUUAAUCCAGCAACACAAAGAGUAGAACCAUGUGACUCCUCGGAGAGUGUGACUGCUCCAGAAACCACUGUCCCCAAGAAAAAGAAGGGGAAGAGGAGGGAAAGAGCCAGGAAAGCUAAGGAGGUCCUAACGAGCUGGCCGUCCACCAGCCAUGAUCCAGUCACCCAGCCGCCCCGAAGCCAGCAAACCCAGGCCACUCAGACCGAUGACGGACUCCUAGGGAAGAGCACAACGGCAAUGGGAACACAGACCAAGUCGACUUCGACGUGGGACAAGUCCACGCAGACACCUGGGGCUCGGUUUGCCAGAGAGACUCGAACAGUCCCAGCCACAGCCCCAGCUCCUAUCCUGCCUCCCUCAGACCAACUCCCCCAAGAUCAGUCACCUCCAAGUCAGCCAGAUUCACCUGAGCAACCCCUUGAAAACCCCGGUCAAACCAACACUAAAAGUAAGAGAAAUGCAAAUGAACUCUUUGUACUGACAUGGAAUAUCGAUGGCCUUGAUCAGGAAGAUAUGGAUGAACGGUUCCCUGGAUUGCUGAAGUACCUUGCCAGGAUCCGUCCAGACAUAGUUCUGUUGCAAGAACUUAUAUCACCCAUAGCAGAAGCCCUUGAUGAAAUCAUGAAAGACUAUGAGUUUAUUAUGGGCAACACCAGUGGGUAUUUCACUGGGAUAGCACUGCGUAAAUCCAGGGUGAAGCUCCUUCAGAGCAACGUUGUGAACUAUCCCACCACUGAGCAGGGCAGGAAUCUCCUAAUGACACAGUUGAGUUUCUCAGGUCACCCGCUGUGGUUGAUGACCUCUCACCUGGAGAGCUGCAAGGAUAACUCCCAGGAGCGGAUGAACCAGCUUCGUCGGGUGUGGAAGAGGAUGAGAGAAGCUCCUGAGGACCACACUGUCAUAUUUGGAGGUGACACCAACCUGAGGGACAGGGAGAUUAAGAGGCUUGGUGGUCUGCCUGAAGGUAUCUCUGAUGUCUGGGAGGUUCUCGGACAGCCCGAAGACUGCCGAUACACCUGGGAUACGGUCAAAAACAACAAUAAGGACAUCCCCUUCCCAGCACGACUGCGCUUUGACCGUGUUUACAUAAGGCCUGGCAAGAAAGGAGCAAAUGUCAACCCAGUCAGCAUGAAGCUAGUGGGCCAGGAUCUGCUGAAAUGCGGCCGCUACACAAGCGACCACUGGGGAAUCCUCUGCGAGUUUUCCAUAGACUCAGGAUUAAGCUGAAUUUAGCUUCAGAAUAGAAUUGAUUAAUCUAUGGCAAUCAAAACUACGCCUGGAAGUGCGUACAGCUGUCAGCUCUUGCUAUUUUACUUGGGUGGCUUGUUUACAAAUGGAUUUCUUGUGCUUGUGGGACAUAUUGGUGCCAAAUAACUUGAACAAAGCGUUAUGGUUUUUAAUCUUAAUUUGCAAGUGCUGUUUCCAUCUCAGGUCUCAGAAGUGGAGCAGUUUAACAUUCAUAGGCCUCCUAUUCGGUGAGAACCCUGAAGCCAUUCUGGCUCUGGUUCCAUAUCUUGCUGGAUUACUGCCUAGCAUGAUUUGAUUUUACUGUUUUGAUUUUGUUUUAAAAUUCAGAUGAUUUCAUAAAGUGCUCUCACAACCUCACUACCACAACCAAACUUGCAUUACCUGUCUCCUGUUUGUAACAGCACCAAACUGUCCACCAGAUGGAGCUCUAUGCAUGGCGAUUGAAAGUGAUCUUGAAUUGGCACCCAGAACACUAUUUCUGGCCUUCAUAUAAGAAUGGUCUGAUGAAAGUAAUUUUUCAGGUGAUAACUUGCAUUGUUUUGUGGUAGUUUCCAUUUCAUAUUUGAAGCUACAGUCAGUGUGUGAUGAAAUUUUAUUUUCAUUUACUGUCAUACUUUUCGAUGCAGGUGGAGAGGAAAGCGGUGUCUUGUUGUGCAGUAUGUCUGCAAGACAGAGGUUGGAAAUGCAAGAAGUGAUGCUUUGAAUGAAUUCACUGAAUGAUGAUGGUGUAGCCAUUUAGAUAUGUGCCUAUUUCAUUAUUUGAAAUGGAACAUAAAGCAUGUGGGUGUGCAUGUGUGUGUGUGUGUGUGUGUGUUAGAGAGAGAGAUGGGGAGAGAGAGAGUCUGUCUGUGUGUCUAUCCAUGUAUAUCUUUUUAUCACAUUUCAGCGCGGGGAUGGUAUGUGUUAGCUGUCUUUGCUGGGAGCGGUGAGCAAUCUCCUGGAGAUCGAUGGAUGGUAAUAUCCUCUUUGGGGAAAAGAAUUUGAAAACAGGCCCCUGUGUUUUCAUUUGGAAAAUUGAUUCAGGGUUCAUUUUCUCAGCUGUUUAAUCCAAGCAGAAUUGAAAUAUGUCAGUAGAGUCAGCUGGAAAUUAGGAAAGAUGGCAAGCUGUCAGCAAGAAUAAUUAUUUGUCAUUGGCUUAGUCGCCACAUUCAGGUUAAUGUAAGAGUACAUAAAUGUACCAUCCAUCUGGGCGACUGGUUGAGCCUUGGUGAUAUAUUAGUCAUGAAUUAUGCUGGGUGAAAACAAUAUUGAGUGUUCUUACAUUUAGCUUUUUAGUUAUAGGGAUCUUUUUCUUCAGUAUUUUAUGUACCUUGCCUCAGUGUCUCUACCAGUGGGGGUCCUUUUUACUCAAUUUCCUAUUCUCAACACCUAUACACUUGAUUUUGAAAACCAAUACAAUCAGAUGUUUCACAAGGCCAUGCAAAGUACUGCAUUUAAGAAUCACUCUAACAUCUGUCAAGCAAGACGAUUCAGUUGAACAAUGUGUCUGUCAAAUUCAUAAAAUGUUAAUUCGCUACAUAUAACAUUCACUAGGAAUUGGAAUGCCACCGUUGUAUUAUAGCAUCAUGCAUUGCAACUUCAUACUUUUGAGUUGACCUGUGCCUGUGCUAUUUACUAACCAGUAGGGGGCACACCAGUGUCUUAGCAAACUGUCUAAGUCUACUUUAGCAAACCUCCCUAACUACCAAUGUCAACGAGAGUUCAACAUAUUUUAAUCUCUACCAUCUGUUUUCCGAAUGAGGUACAACCUUUACAGUAGCUUUAGCUAUGAUUAUAUCAGUGAUAAAGUUAUAACGAUAUUGAAGGAAUUGUGACAUAUGCAUAGCCAACCAAUCCACUGCAUUGUUUUUUUCAUACUAAACAUAUUCUGACAUUUAAAAUGUGCUGUGUAAUUCUCUGCAUGACCCUACGACACUCUUUUCUCUCUUUUUUGGCACUCCUUUGCAUAAUCAAUAGCCCUCUUUGCUCUGCAAAUGCAGUUUUCCCAUACUGUCCUGUCCAAGUGUCUUUAUUUAUAAAGAAUCUGAAUCAGCGCUUUCAAUGUUCUCUGGCUGCCGUUAUGACAUAACCUUCCCAAGGGGUGAGGGUUAUUAAGAUGGGAAGCUUUGGACGCGUGGUCUCAAUGGGAAAAUUACCUUUCCUUUACUGUUGUGGGUCGUGGGCAUAUUCGGGACAUUAUUGUACAUAUUUGCAUUGGCCUCAAUGGCUCAAUAGCCGCUGAUGUAUUCAUAGAAGUGACAUUGCAUCUCUCGAGCGCCGCGUGUGUCCGUAAACUGCUGACAUAAGAAAGCUUGUGCCCCCGUCUCUCGUCUCGAACAUAUUCUAAAUAAAACAGAAAGAGGCGAGAGGUAUGUGUUUACACACUGAAGAUGAUGCAGUUUGCAUGAUAACAUUUGUCCAAUCAGUGGUUAUUACACUGGGUAAUGGAAUUGGCUGCAUCAUUUGUAUUGAUUACUAGUUGUAAGCAUUGCAGGCUCCAAGCUUAUUCAUGCAGUUUGUUUCAUCGCUAGAGUAUCACCCUCCAACCAUCAUAUUUGAUCAUCAUACCUGAAUUUCCCCUCGGGGAUCAAUAAAGUAUCUAUCUAUCUAUCUAUAUUUAAAUAGGCUGAUAUGCUGUGUGCGUAUAUUGAGUAGUUGGGGAAAUUGAAUUGAGUGAUUUGGUCUUCAGGGGUUGUUUAGGCUGUGCAGGGAGAUUCAUUGACAGCCUUCCCUGAUUGAGUUCUCUGCAUUUCACACACUGCAUGACAAGAACCCUGAGAAUGGUGCAUCUGUUUUUAGAAGCAUACUAGAUGUUUGAAUAAACUCAAAAGUGUUUAUUCAUCUCUAUUCCUAUCUGUUUCCUUUUUCCCUCUGAUUCUAAGCCUGCUCGAUAACCUGGGGCUGGUUGGCCAUCAGUCUUUAGCUGUUUCCAAACAUUAGUGAUGUCAACUGUUGGGUCUGUUCAAGUGCUUGUUGUGCCUGCCAGUGGCGUGUGGGAACUUGCAUGAGCAGUGUACCAGAUUCCCCCUCUCUAGGUCCAUUACCUCAUGCUUGCCUUGCUGUUGCAGUAGCUGCGGCACAUUGCAGUCAUCUCAUUGCCGCCCCACCCCCACCCCCCUUCUCCCUCCAAGAAAAAUGAGCCGUCAUGUGCCUAUUGACACAGAGAAAUGAGGAAAAUUUACAUCGUUGGACUUUUUAUGGUGAUGCGAAUGACAGGGCCAAAAAUCUCAUUGUGCUCCCUUGCGCCAGCGGCAGCAAUUAAAUUGAUUUGAUGCGGCGAUGACAGCACGGGCCCUAAGUCUCCUGUAAUGCUCCUGUUGGGCUGCCUCCCGGUGUGGCCAGUCUGUCCGUGGUUAAUUACAUCCUAACGCACCAGCACCAACAAACACUGAGCCGGGUCAGGCGUCUCCGCCGACUGCUGGCAUAUGUUCCAGUGUUUCGCACUGUUCUUGUUGUGUAUUUUAGACAUCUGCAGUUAGGUUGAGAGCACAGACUGUAAGGAGCAUAUGUCAUUUUCUUGUUUUGACCCCUAGUCGAUCUGCUGGCAAGUUUGCCGGAUGCAAAUGCAAAGUGUUUAUCCUCGCUCGAUGGUGCGGAAGAUCACGCAAACUAUGACUCCAUCCUUUUUAAGGCACAUGGAGAUUUUUAUUCCAAAGGUAUAGCUUCAUAGUUAUAAAAAACAUACAUAUCCAAACAUUGUUUUCUCUGAAAUCAGUAAAUUCUUGAUGCUUAACUUUUCAAAGGAAACAUUUUGUAAAAAGGGAUCAACCGUUGGGUCACUGCACCAGCACAGCUCAGAGGAGACUCCUCUCUAAUCAGAGGAGACUCCCCUCCUAAUCUUCUUUAACUACUCCUGAUGAUAACAAAGGUUUGUGUGAAGUUCCUUAUCAUCUUAUCUUGAUCUGAGGCUCCUCAAAUAGUGUAGAUUACACUGAGUAGGAACAUGCAGGACAUCAUUCCUGGCCACAACACAACAACGUGACUGGACAAAGUGACUGGAGGGGGAGAGAGAGAAAGAACAAGAGCACUAUACCACUUUGCAAUCCACUCAAGCAGGUGGUGAAUGUACUCUCCCCGUUUCCAUGGAGAUUAAAUGAUGAUGUCAUGGCACUGACAAGUCCACCUGUGCCAGGGUAGAUGAGCAGCAGAGAUAAUUCCGGCUGAAAGUUGGAUUUUUUUUUUCUCUCCUAAUCUUCCACCAGACAUAUUUGUGAUUUGAUAAGGCAGAGCUGUCAAUAAGGAUCAGGAGAGGAGGACAGAUGAGGUGCUGAGAGAGAGAGAGAGAGAGAGAGAGAGUGGAAGGGCUUCUCAGCUCAGAAGCAGCUUGGGAAGAUGUAAGAUUUGGUGAAGAAAAUGAACCUAAUUUAGGAAGGAUUUAAAAAUUCUGCGAGGUAGAAAGUCUAAAUAUCUGGCACUUUAGCAUCUGCAGAAUUGUUCUGAUUCCAAGGCUCUUUGUAUUCCCUCUCAAAAGGUUCUUGUUCUUGCUGUGUUUUUUAUAAUAAGAGCCCAAUACACCAUACUAGCAUACUUUAUCUCUCAAAUGCCAUGGUGAUUACCACCAAAUUCAUCUAACUAACAAAUUAAACCUGCUCAAAAAGAGAGGUUUGUAGUAUUACUGAAAUUGUUCUAGAUUUUAGACAACCAAGUCCAUUUGGGUUGUGUGACGGAUAAAUAGUGGCGUAUUGAUUUAUUGUUGGAUGAUGAAUACUUGGCACUUCAGGUCUGAAGUGAUAUGUCAACAGUAUUUGGUCCACAUUAAACAAGUGAAAAUGA